AUGGGCUCCGUUAAAAUCGCACCAAGCAUGAGAAUCCUUGUCUGUCCCUCGGGAUUUAAGGGCAGCCUUCAGCCAAGUCAGGCAGCAGACUGUAUUGAAGCUGGUAUUCUCGCUGUUGAGCCUCACGCCUCGGUACGCAAAGUACCGUUGGUUGAUGGAGGAGAGGGUUUUACUACGGCAAUUGUUUCGGCAACGGGAGGCUCGAUGCACAACGUGCCUGUCAUUGGACCAGUGGGACAGACCAUCAUGUCAUUCUUCGGUAUCCUUGGGCCUAAGGGCAGCGAGCCGCCUACUGCCGUUCUUGAAAUGGCCGCUGCAGCAGGUCUCAGCCUUGUUCCACAGAGUCAUCGCAACCCCGGAAGAACUACGACAUACGGAGUUGGGCAACUUAUUCUUGCAGCUCUUGACGCUGGGGCGACCCGCAUUCUUGUCGGGUGCGGCGAUUCUGGGACUUGUGAUGGCGGUGCAGGGAUGCUUCAGGCACUUGGCGCAAAGCUGUUUGACCAUGAAGGACGUCUCCUGCCAAUUGCCCAAGGCGGUGAAUCACUCCUUGCACUUGACUCGAUUGAUCUCUCUGGUGUUGACAGUCGCGUGCUCAAAGCAAGAAUCGAGGUUGCGGUAAACUGGCACAACGUCCUUUGUGGCCCUGACGGAGUAGCAAACGUAUUUGGCCCCCAGAAGGGAUCUACCCCAGAGCAAUCCGCAAUCCUGAGUCUCGCUAUGGAGAAACUUGCAGAUGUUGCCUCGAACAUUCUGUGCGACAAGUCAGUGCGUCUAGCUCCUGGAGGUGGCGCCUCAGGCGGCCUUGGAACCGGGCUUCGUCUGGUAGGGGCCACUCUCAAGCCUAGAUAUGAGAUUGUCAUGCAGUACAUAAACCUUCACAGCAUGUUCAACGACUGCGACCUUGUCUUGACUGCCGAGGGUGGCAUUGAUGAUCAGACGCCACGAGGGAAGAUCCCUGCUGAAGUGGCCAGGCUCGCGAAGAAACACGGAUUACCGGUCAUUGCGAUUGCGGGAACAAUUGGCCAGGGAGCCAGAGUGAACUACGAUAUCGGUAUCGACGCUUUUACUUGUAUUAUCCAACGACCUAUGACUCUUGAUGACGCUGUUCAUGAGGCGGAGCAAUUGACCCGCGAGAGUGCCGAGACGGUGAUGAGGAUUGUCGUUGUCGGGAGGAUGAUAGGGAGAUGCAUUUAA